AUGGGGUCUGCGGCAGAAAGCAUAGUCGAUGCGCUUGUCGUCGGCGCGGGCAUGGGGGGAGUAUACGCAACAUAUCGACUUGCCCGGACUGGCCUUCAGGUCCAGUGCAUCGAGGCGGGUGGGGAUGUCGGUGGUACGUGGUACUGGAACAAAUACCCAGGAGCCAUGAGCGACACGGAAUCCUACCUGUACCGUUAUUCAUGGGAUAAAGAGGAUCUUCAGUCAUACCCAUGGGAUAGGCACUACCUCUACCAGCCGGAGAUACUUGAGUAUAUCCGACAUAUCGUCAAGCGACACGACCUCCGGAAGUACAUGCGAUUCAAUACCGAGAUGCAGACUGCUGCUUGGGAUAGCGACCGCAGUGUUUGGGUGGUUACUUGCUCGGGAGGUCUUGUUGUACAUUGUCGCUACUUGGUGAAUUGCUUGGGUAUUCUGGCUAAACCGAACUACCCUAAUAUCCCUGGAGUCCAUACAUUUGCUGGGGCGACCGUUCAUACAGCCAGAUGGGACAACUCGGUAAAACUAGAGGGUAAGACUGUUGGAAUUAUUGGGAACGGAUCUACAGGUAUCCAAGUCAUGACCGCGAUCGCGCCAGACGUGGGCCAACUUGUGUCGUUCCAACGACAUCCUCAGUAUUCAGUCCCCAGUGGCCAGGGCCCCAUGCCCGCUGAUCGUCGCGAGGACAUUAAUAAGAAUUACGACAAGAUAUGGAAAGAAGUCCAGGACUCUGCAACCGGAUUCGGCAUCCAUGAGUCAACGCGUAAAACAAUGGAAGCAACGCCCGAGGAACGCCAGCAAGCAUUCCAAGAGGCGUGGGAUCACAGCGGGCCCUUCGGCUUCAUGUUCAGUGCAUUUGGCGAUCUUACCACCAACCGCGAUGCAAAUGAAGAAGCCUGCAAGUUCAUCCGUAGCAAAAUCGACCAAACCGUCAAAGACCCACGCAAGGCAGCGGCGUUGAAACCCUGGGACCUGUACGCCCGUCGCCCGCUUUGCGAUUCCGGAUACUACCAGAUCUUUAACCGCGACAAUGUUGAUAUCGUCGACCUCCGCGAAACGCCAAUCGACGAAAUUGUGCCCGAGGGAAUCAGGAUCCGUGAGUCAGACGGCACCAGCACCCUAUACCCUCUCGAUGUUCUGAUUCUCGCAACUGGUUUCGACGCGGUGGAAGGAAGCUACCUGCGCCUAAAAAUAACCGGGCGAGAGGGCAAGUCACUCCAGGAGCACUGGGCAAAUGGUCCAACAGCCUACGGCGGCGUCGCAUGCUCUGGAUUCCCCAAUAUGUUCAUCGUUUCCGGUCCACAGGCCGCCUUUGCGAACUUUCCGGUUAUUCUUGAGCGUGAAGUCGAGUUUAUCAUGGGUUGUAUCCUGCAUAGCGAGAAUGCCAGACAGGACCAUGUCAUGGAGGCCUUGCCUGGGGCUGAGGAGCGGUGGAGUGAGAUGUGCCAGCAGGUCUCGGAGGGUUCGCUCUUCAAGGACGCGGCUGGCUGGAUCUUUGGCAUUAAUAUAGAAGGGCGCAAGCCGGCAACGAAGUUCUAUUUUGGUGGCUUUCAUCGAUACCGGGACUGGACUGAGAAAGUGGUUGAAGCUGGGUUUCCGGGUUUUGCUGGAAGUACGCAGGACGACACGGAGCCUUUGGAAGUGUUGAUGCCGUGGCUGGUUAAAUGA